UUUAAAUAGUGUCCUCAAUACUUUGUCAGCAGUUGGGUAGUCUUGCAUUUUAAUAAUGAAAUUUACAUAUUACUUUAAAUCUAAAGAUAAAAACAUUACACUUUUACAUUUUUUCUAUUUUGUGAAACCUGUUGAAUUCUAAUGAUUCUCCACUCUGAACUGCUUUUAAAAUCAGUGCCUUGUAUCUUGACUCAAGAAAUCUGUGGAAAAAAUCUCUACCAUCUUUCAUUAUACUUUCCUUCUCAUUCUUUUCAUGACUUGUUCUUUGUAGAUUUGUAAAUCAGUUGGAGAAGGAGAAAAUAAAAAUACAGGUAUGUUCUCAAGAGCAAAUUGGCUUUUGUCCCAUAGAUGUGAAUGUAAAGUAGUUCAAAGUCAGUAAGCAUUUUGUAACCUUACUGAGUUUGAUCUCUGAUUUGAGUCCUAGUUUCCCCAUCAAGCAAUCAAAGUUUAAACUAAUUCACAUUACUGUGUAGUCAAAAGCAAGUACCAGACAUCAGCUGUUCUUCAGUGUUUUAUCAAAAAAUAAUUAGUUUGUUUCUGAAAACUUCUAUUGAAUGGUCAUGGGGUGUAGGUUGUUGGUUUUUUCUGUCUGAACAUCAGACAACUCAAAGAUACCUAAGAGACUGUGAAGCCCUGUUUCUCCAAAUGAAAACAGAUGAGAAGUAGUGAAUAUCCACUGUAUUAAAUGGUAUUCUCCUGAAACAAUGUACUUGCUAAGUGGUGUCUAGCUGCUUUACCUUUCCCCAGAAAAGAGUAUUUCAUGCACAGCUGGUGUACUUUUACAUAGAAGCUCAUCAUCAGUGUUAGACAAGUGAACAAAUAGGCUAAGAAGCAUUAAACUGUCAAGUUUUUUUGUCUGGAAUGGGCUCUCUUGUUCUUGCCGAAUCAUGUUGAGCAGGAUUUUGUAAAUUGAACUUUCCAGUGGUUAGGAUUAAGGUAAGUUUCAAUUUCUUAGAUAUUUCUCCUGAUGUAAAAUUGGGUUUUAUUAAUGUUUUUCUCUUCAGGGAUAAAGUCUGUGUUCUGCAUUGCAGCAAACUCCUGUGACCCAGCAUUGGAAUUUCUGAAGGGGGUGAUUUAUCCUGAGCUCUUUCAUGCUUACUUGAGCACCAUUUUUAAAAAGUCAAGUAAAAGUCUGCUCCUGAGGCAAACCAUGCCAGAUCUUACACUCAGCCUGUGCUGGGAAAAGGCUGUUGCUGUAUGACUUAAUUCUGGACUAACUAUGAUUUUUUCAUUGUUCAAGUUGCCUAUUACUGCUCUAUUUCAGCUAUGUUGACAGACUGCAAAGAUAAGGUGUAGUGAAAUGUUCUUUGAAAUAAAAUCUUGAACAACUAAGAACAUACUGGGAUUGUGUGUGCAAAUACAGAUUUCAAUUAUUUCUUUCAAGUGCUUUUCAUUGCAGCUGUAGUGAAUAUGAGAGAAACAGAGCAAUUUUCUGUCCUCCUCUUCCUCUGAUUUGCAAGUCAGUGUUGUGAGUUUGGCUGGGCCUGGAAGGAAACUUGCCAUGGUAUGAAUGUUCUUAUGUUCUUGCAGAUUGCCUUCCUUUCUGGAUUGAGAUGGGAGCAAUCCCAUUGAUUGACUGUCUCUCGUAUUUGCUCAUGCUCUAGCGAAGUGUAGCCAAAGGGCUGCCUCCGGUCAUCUCCCCAUCUUCAGCUAUUGAAAGCUGAUGCCAUUUUCACGAGGAGGAGAAUCAAUAUGGGGGUGUUCCUACAAGUAACAGGAUGGUACUGUUGAUCUUUUCUAUGUCCUGUCCCUACUUCUAAAUUUUGAUCUGGGGGAAAGAAAUGAUGAGCCUGAAGCAAAUAGGCUAGUGUCUAGGCAGAAUUCAGGGCCAGGAAAAGACUAGACUGAGAAAUCUUUAGGGAGUGGCCAAAGCCCAGUGCAUGGGAAAGAAAGUAUUAUGGGCCUAAAAAGGUCAGAAAAAGACAAACUGAAACCUACAGCUUUGUUAUAUGCAAAUCUCAUGUGAGGACUGCCUGAUGACUUUUUUGAUACCUUUGGAAUUGGCACUCUUCAGAAAUGGCUGUGUGUAAGAAUUCCAGUUCUGGUUUUAACAAACUUUGAAGUGGGUGCCUGGUCUGUAGGAUUAAGUUUCUGCAAUUGGAUGAUGAGAUAAGUGGGAGGAACUGGACACUUCAGGGAAAUUGUAAAGGACUGGUGCCAUUCGCAAAUGUAGCAGUUGCUGCAGAGAACUGUUGGAGAAUGGCCUGCUUACAGGUAAGCACCUAAUCAUCAUGCCUGACCUGAGCCUUUGUGCUGCUUUCGGAAUAGAAUUUUGAAGGCUUUACCUACAUCAGCACCUUGCAGAAAUAGCUGAACUGCCACUGACCUGAACCGCUUUCAUCUAAUGUUGCUUCUAAGUCAGUAAGUCCUGCUAAAGUGGCUUUGGUCUCAAACUGGUUUUCUUUGUGUUACUGCUCUAUGAUACAGGGCUGCGCCAGGCUGAGCAGCACCAGUGAACUUGCAGCUUGUAAACUGCUUUGCCCCAGAGCGCUGAUGUAUUUUCUUCUCUGAGUGUUUUAUAGCACUUUGGGACAUGAGUUAUCCACAUGCCCCUGUAUAGCCCCAAGGAGAAAGGACUAAGAUUGCCCUGCCUUUCACUUCAAAUUUUUGAAACGGGGAAUAAAAGUGCAGCUGAAAUGAACAAGGAGAAACUAAUACAGCAAUGUUCCUGAACAUAAAAGAAAAACACCUUCUGCUUUAGUCAGCUUUCAAGGGAUAUAUUUACAGGCACCUCAGGGAAUUAUCAAUAAACAGCAGGGAGCAAUUAUUUCUAUUAGAUUUUAAUAUGUUUUGUUCAUCUAUCUGAUGGUAUAAACAGCUGUGUAGAUCGUGGCAUUCAAAUGGCUUGGAAUAAAGUUCUUUUCAACAAAACUGAGUUGCUUUAAAAAAAGGUGAUGUUGGGGUAGUUUUGCAUAUUAUGUUUUUGCUUCUGAAAUAAUUAAAGCACAUAUUUCUUCUAACUGUCCACCUUUGCUGCCCUGCUGGUAGGCAUCUGUCCUGAACAGGUUUGAUCUUGCAGCUCAGCGUGAGAAGCCAAAUAACGAGGAAAAUGCUACAAAUUACUUCAAAUGGAUAUUGUCACAUAUUUGGAAGGGUGUUGCAAUAAGUAUGUCAAUCCCAGUUUUGCAAGCUGUUUGUACUUCCGGUUUUUACUGUGAUUUAAAACAUCCAUUCAAUGGUGUAUUCUCCUCUCUGUGAAGCUGAGAAAGGAUUUUCUGGGGAGCAGUCAGCUUUGAAUGACCCAACUGGGGCCGAUGUGAUUACUGGCAGGGAUGAAGACUUGACUGAAAUGAAGCUGGAGCCAGAUCUUCAAAGAUAUUCUAGAUGAUGGAUGCCCACAGAAAACAGCCAUAUAAUUAAUGCAGCUAUAUGUCGAACUCAUAAAUUACAUAUGAAAAGCCACCUCUCAUUUUUUCCUCAAAUAACAAGCAACAGAUUUGUGUCCUUUGAGAAGGCUGCUCUGUGCUGCUGCAGCCUUCAGAAAUGGCCUACUCUGAAAUGCUAUGCUUGGUUUGAUUGUCAGUAUUAAAAACUGUUUUGUGAAAAAUAUUCUUAUUUGGGGGAAAAUUUUAAGACUUUGGAGCUGAAAUGCUUCUACUGUGGUUUUUAGGUUAACUAGCACAACAGGGUUCAACCUAUAGUGAUGGACAGUACCAAGAAGUGUGUGAUGAGAUAUUCUACACAGAAUGGGGAUGUCACCUGGAGAAUUAUUUAUGUUGCUAGUGUUUGAGAUCUGAACAGUAGCUGAGUCCCAUAAUAUUAAGAGGUGUACAGCAGAGGAGCAGUAUUCAAUCCGUAGCCUCUGGCUUUAUAGAAUCAUAGAAUCAUUUAGGUUGGAAAAGACCUUUAAGAUCAUCGAGUCCAACCGUUAACCUAGCACUGCCAAGUCCGUCACUAAACCAUGUCCCUAAGCACCACAUCUACAUGUCUUUUAAAUACCUCCAGGGAUGCUGAUGGAACCACUUCCCCGGGCAGCCUGUUCCAAUGCUUGAUAACUCUUUUGGUGAAGAAAUUUUUCUUGAUAUCCAAUCUAAACCUCCCCUGGUGCAACUUGAGGCCAUUUCCUCUUGUCCUGUCCCUUGUUACUUGGGAGAAGAGACUGACAUCCACCUCGCUACAACCUCCUUUCAGGUAGUUGUAGAGAGCGAUAAGGUCUCCCCUCAGUCUCCUUUCCUCCAGGCUAAACAACCCCAGUUCCCUCAGCUGGUCCUCAUAGGACUUGUUUUCUCUUUAUCUUGUCUUUCUGUCUUGUCUUGUUCUUGUUUUUUCUCUCUGGUGACAGAUACUACUGAUUCACAGAAAUAAUUUCCAGCUUGGAUUUUGUGGGGUGUAAAACCAGCUGGGUGAAGUGCAUCCCUAGCCAGAAGAUGGCCACAGAAGACCAUGGAGUUACAUCAGAGACAACCCUGAUCCGCAAGACUUUGUUUCUGUAAACAUCCCCUCCUCACCAGGGUAACUAACUCCCAGAGGGCUCUCUUACAGGUGGGGAUUUCUCCUUCUCUCACCCUGCCUCUCUCUUCAGCGCUUUGCAUGAGCACUGUGCAGUCUCAAGAUAUGCUGCUGUCUCGUCUGUGAGGGGAUCAGAGCUUCCCUCGAAUGGGAUGGAUCCCAAGAGAGAGAUGCCCAAGAAAAACAACAUGGAGCAUCUAAUUGCUGACAGGCAGGAAGGAAUUGGUGUCUGUGGCUGGAUCCUGGUUUCCCUUUCAUUCCUCCUGGUCCUUAUUACCUUUCCUAUUUCCAUCUGGGCAUGUAUCAAGCUAGUUAUCAGAGAAUAUGAAUGUGUUGUUGUAUUUCGUCUGGGACAUAUACUGUCUAAGAAAGCAAAGGGACCAGGUAUGAUCCUCAUACUUCCAUGUACAGAUACAUUGAUCAAGGUUGAUCUUAGAACAGUUACCUGUAACAUUCCUCCACAAGAGAUUCUCACAAAAGAUGCCAUUACUACCCAAGUCGAUGGGGCGGUGUACUACAGGAUCCACAGUGCUGUCAGUGCCAUUGCUAGCAUCACUGAUGUCCACUCAGCUACCUUCCUCUUGGCACAGACAACCCUAAGAAAUGUUCUGGGUACACAGAGUUUGGCUCAGCUCCUGGCAAGUCAGGAGGAGAUUGCACACAGUAUCCAGGCUAUCCUCGACAGCACCAUGGAGCAACAGGGAGUCAAAGUGGCCCAAGCGGAGAUCAAAGAUGUCAGGAUUCCCGUGGCCGUGCAGAGGCCAACGGCAGCUGAAGCAGAGGCUGCUCAAGAGGCAAGAGCUAAGGUGAGAUCCACGGCAAUCAGAGGGAAAAUGAAUGCUUCUAAAGCCCUCAAGCAGGCCUCCAUGGUGCUGGCUGAGUCUCCAGCAGGUCUUCAGCUGCACUACCUGCAAACUUUAACAACCUUGGCAGCAGAGAAUAAUUCUACUAUUGUCUUUCCUUUCCCUAAAAAUGUGCUUGAGAGUUUGGGGCAGAAAAAUAGAGAGGGAUAG